AUGGCGGCCAAUGCUACUAUAACUAAGCCAACAGCAACAACGCAAAAUUUACUAUCCGAGUACUUUUUAUCUCUUCAACCAAAGGCAAAGUCAAGAUACCAAGAGAAGCUUUCCUUAUGUGAUGGACUGGAUCCAUAUUCUCUAAAAAAGAGUGACUUUUUAACCGAUCAUAACAAUUUCCCUAACUUGCAGUUUCCUGACAUUUCAAAUUAUUUGGUCGUUCAAACUUCAUUUUAUACGAAGAAACAAAUGAAAGCAUAUAAAAGUCUUGAAGCUUACAACUUUUUUGUUUGUGGUUGGGUCCAUGAAGUAAAAUCAAGACGUGUAAUGGACAACAACAAUUGCCUUGUUUUUGCGAGAGUCAACCACUCACAAAGAUCAACAGCAACUCCUUUAAAAGCUUGGGUCAUUCUCAAAGAUGACGGCGAAGUUCUUACUGCUCACUGUAAUUGCAUGGCUGGGCUGGCUGAAUCGUGUACUCACGUGGGUGCCCUGUUGUAUUUCAUUGAAUCAGCAGUACAUAUGCGUGAGUCUGUAGUCUGUACAAUGGAGAAAAGUAAAUGGCUGUUGCCAGCACAUAUAAAAAAGGUAAUUAUCAUGCACAUUUACAUAAAUGCUGCCCCAGUUUCCAACAUAGACUUCUCUUCUGCCAGGGCUAAAAAACAAAGACUUGAUAGUGCUAUCAGAGGUGAAGCAGUUGAAGCAGAGAGAAAAACAAAAGCAUCAUGUCCAAAAGUUGUUGUUGGAUCUGAGGAAUAUAAUAAUUUUUUUAAGGCAUUGAAUGAGAACUACCCAUUGAGUGCUGUUUUAAUGACACAAAAAUUAAAACUAGUGCUGCAAAUAAGCAAAGACCAAAUAAAAGCUGUUGAAGUUCAAACUCGAAAACAGGCUGGUUCCAGGACAUGGUUUACUCAGAGGGCAUGCCGCAUAACUGCAUCAAGAUUGAAAGCUGUGCUUAGUACCAAGCCUGAAAAUCCCUCAAGAAGUUUGAUUAAAUGCAUAUGCUACCCUGAGGCUCACAGAUUUUCUACUGCUGCAACAAGACAUGGUUGCAAACACGAAAUACAGGCGAGGAAAGAAUAUGAGAAAGUCAUGAGAAAAAGUCAUUACAACUUUUCAUUGUGUGACAGUGGUCUGAGAAUCAAUCCUAAAUGGCCAUUCAUGGGAGCAUCACCUGAUGGUGUGGUGAAUUGUGACUGCUGUGGCAUGGGGCAUGUGAGAUAAAGUGCCCUUACUGUAAAAAGGAUGGAGAAAAAUAGAAGAAUGUGCCGGUGAAAAAGGCUUUUGUCUGGUAAAGAAUGAAGGUGAGGGUGUACAACUCAGCAGGAAACACAGCUACUACUUUCAAGUCCAAGCACAAGUAAAUAUCAUGGAACUUGAUUACUGUGAUUUUAUUCUUUGGAAUGAGAGUGAUAUUUUCAUUGAGAGAAUUGUUCCAGACAAAGAAUUGUGGGAUACUAUUGUGGUUAAGGCAGAAUAUUUUUUUAGGAAUUGCAUACUACCCGAAGUCCUUGGGCAGCAUUUUUCAAAGCCUCUCCUCACUUCCCACCCUUCCAAUUUCAUAUGAUAUAUUUAAACUUAAAGAUGGCAUUAUAUUUAUAACAAACAUUGCUCUAGCCAUCAAGUAGCAAUAAAUAUAUCAAAAGUUUUAGUUAAAUAGAUGAAGAUGUUUAUUAAUAAAAUAGAUGGAGACGUUUCUUA